AUGUCGAAACCGGUUGCUUCACGUAUUUCGAUAUGCUGCUGGCGGUCCCUUUUUCCAGAACUUCGGCCACAGCAGUUUCGUCGUACCCUAGUCACACUACAACGCGGCCCAAUCGAGAAGCUCGACGUCCCUUCCGAUCUGCCAUCGCAAUACUGGUCUCAAAUACCGGAAAGAUUCAAACCUGACAGAGGAAAACGAGAGAUUGUAGUACACGAACCGCCGCGAUCCGAGGCCGAAACUUGCAAAGAUCCCGUCUCCAUUGUGGACAAUCGACAAUUGGCUCUUCUGGAUCCCACAGGCGCACGGGCAAAACUGUUUGAUAAGACUAACAAGGACCGCGCAAGAGUUGGAGAUAUUCUGCUUGCAACUUUCACCUCAGGCGAACCGGUCUCGGGGGUGAUUCUAUCAAUCAAAGGCUCGGGGCCUCACGCGUCCGUCCUGUUGCGCAACCAUUUGACAGGGAUAGGAAUGGAAAUGCAAAUCAAGGUGCACAGUCCAUUGGUGCAGAGCAUGGAAAUAGCCCAGAGAGCACCGAAGAGAAAGAGGCGGGCGAGAAUCUACUACUUGAGGAAACCAGAGCACGAUAUGGGGAGUGUGCAGAAAGUGGUCGACCAGUAUCUGAGGCAGCGAGCCAUGUUGACCGGCGGCAAACCGUCCAGUCAAUUGGGACGUUCGAGACCGAAGAAGGGAAAGAGAUGA